GUCAGAGGGAUCGAUCUUCAUGUGUACGUUCGGCCACGUACAAAUUUUUUCGAUCUUUUUGUUUUAUUUUAAUGUGCACAAUUGAUAGUGAUUUACUAAUUAUUUUAUUUUUUCACAUUGAACGAUUAAGAUAAAUAGAACACAAUGUUGAGCACAGUAGCACAGAAAUUGCAAUUCUUGUACAAGCCGUACGCAUUAGCCAUAGUUUCAGUUGGAUAUGUACUUGGAGAGCUAGGUCAUUACUUAAUUGGUGUCACAAGCAAGGCGACAGCGGAGGAUCUCCACUAUGGUGAUAUUUCUUGUCAAUUAAAUUCGACCACGUUAGCGAUUAUUGAUCUACCGAUUCAGUGUGAGGUGGCCAAAAAUGAAAGUUUUUGUGUGUCCCUGGAACUGAAUGGGACCAGCUAUUGCGAAUGGAACUAUAAUGGCCUUGGUCUCGACUAUCAAAUACUAGCUGGUCCGAGUUUCAUCGCCGUUUUCACGAUUAUAGGUGUUGCUUUGGGUAUCGCGGCCGAUAAAUAUAACAGAGUGAGAUUAUUAACCAUUUGCACGCUGGUAUUCAGUAUCGCUAUCGUUUUAAUGGGAGCAGUAAAAGAAUAUUGGCAAUUGGUUAUUCUACGUAUGGUUUUAGCAGCAGGGGAGGCAGGAUGCAAUCCCUUGGCUACGGGUUUACUUUCCGAUUGGUUCCCAGAGGAGCAAAGAGGACUCGUUAUGUCAAUAUUCAAUUGGGGCAUUUAUGGUGGUUAUGGCAUUGCAUUUCCCGUUGGCCGUUAUAUUCCAGGAUUAAACAUUGGAAAUUUGGGUUGGAGAGCAUGCUACUAUGGAGCUGGUAUAAUCGGAUUGAUCAUAGCUGCUCUUACUUUUACACUUUCUGAACCGGAAAGGAAGACGAUCGGCGAGGAAGGAACAAACGCCGAUGGGAAAAAAUUACCAAUUUGGAAAGUGAUCUUACAACCGAGGAUAAUAUUAUUAUGCUUGGCUGCCAGCAUCAGACAUUGCGGUGGUAUGUGUUUCGCCUACAAUUGCGAUCUCUACUAUAGAGAUUACUUCCCCGAUUACGAUUUGGGCUGGUGGUUGUUCGCAGUUACCAUAGUGAUCGGUAGCAUCGGUGUUGUGGUUGGUGGAGUAAUUAGCGAUAAAUUCGUUGCGAAAAUGGGUAUUAGAUCGCGGGUAGCUGUUCUAGCCAUUAGCCAAAUAAUUGCUACACCGUUUGCUUUUGGCUCUGUAUAUUUCAAUCCUUUAUGGGCUAUCAUUACUCUUGGAAUUUCUUAUUUUUUCGCCGAAAUGUGGUUUGGAAUCGUAUUUGCAGUGGUUGUAGAAAUAGUUCCUCUUCACUUUAGAUCGACCACUGUUGGUGCUUUCUUAUUCGUUAUGAACAAUAUCGGUGGAAAUUUACCGAUACUCGUCGAACCAACCAGAAUGGCUAUCGGUUUCCGAGAAUCUCUUUAUAUUUAUUACGCUGGUUUCUAUGGUAUUAGUUCUAUCAUGUUCUUUCUAACAAUGUUCUUGAUGGAUGGAGCUGUUAAAGAAGAACCAAAGAUGGAAAUUAACAAUAAAUUUGGAUAUGAUAAUAACAUAUUCAUUAAUGACGAUGGUCGAGUAUCGACUUUAGAACUUCCGCGAAUAUAUCCACCACCACCACAUCGAUUUGAAAAUUCUAAGUUAUAGAAAAAUAUCAUUUUCAAAAAUCCAACUUGUAUAUAAAUGAUUGUUUGUGAAAUGAAAAAAAUCCAUUUGUGAAUUUAAGUGACUGUAAUAUAUUUAUUGGAAUAAGUUCGACUUCAAUAAUAGUUACAUUUUGAUUCUUCUUUUAUAAAAUAUAAAUUACAUAAUAUUCACAAUUUUAAGUAAUAGACAUUAAAAUAUUCAAA